GAAGCCAAUUUAUAAACUAUAUGUAUAAUAUGUAUAAUAGACAUGUGUGUCUGUGUGUGUGUGUGUGAACAUAAAGUCAAUGUAUGAUUAGUAUUGUUAUUGCAUAUAAUGUUAUAGUCUAUGACUCUCUAUCUCUCUCACAAACACGUGAUGUCAUAAAAUACAAUACAAACUGUGAAAAUACAUUGUUUUGUUGAAAAUAUAUUAUUAAUUAUUAUUAUUAUUGUUGUCUAUCGUUGUGUUUGGAUAACGGCUUCGGGCGGUCAACCGAUAGACAAAACCAAACGAUAAGACUGAUCGGAAUGUCAUCGACUAAUACCCGUAGUAGUAGUAGUAGUGGUCAGCGGCGGUCAAAUAUGUCCACCGCCGCCGCCGCCAUUGGUAGUGUUCCGCACCGACAGCAGCCGCGCGAUGGCCAUCAUAAUCGGAUAUAUAUUGAUGGCGGCGAUGCAGUCAACACAGCGGACACAAAUUCAAUAGCCAUCAAUAUAUUUACCCGACAAUUGUCGCUCGUAUUUGACAACCAAUCGGAUUAUGAUUUAGUAUUUGUGUUCAAUACCGGCGCCGAUGACGAUGAAGACAAUGACAACAAUCAAGACGACGGUAACACCGAAGAGGUUAUCUAUUGUCACAAAACUAUACUAAUGUUACGCAAUCCGAAACUGUGGCAGUUUUGCGACCGACAUUUGCGCGGCCAACGAUCGUACGGUGCCGUUGCCAACGAAAUACACAUUACUGACUACUCGUAUCGGGCGUUUCGGUCAUUCGUACAGUACUUGUAUGGUAUGGAACCAGAUAUCGACGACAAUGACGACCAAUUACGCACCGAAUUGGCACAAUUGGCCAUUAUUUACGGCGAACAGCAACUACGUGACCGUUGUGUUGCCGUCCAAAGAGAUGAUAAUAGUGAUGCUGGUGUCCGCCGUAACGUUAGUAAUGAUUGUCGCGUUUAUCGAUUGCCGCCACCAUUGCCACCACAGCAACGACCGUCGCUACCACCGCCGAUAACAGUGGACAACAUUUGUCGUCUAUACGAACAGGCCGUCAACGAUGGACAGGAGGAACUGGAGCUCCGAUGCUCUGAGUUUGCCAACAAUCAUAUCAAAGAGAUCUGUUUGUCCGAUGGUUUUCAGAAUAUGAACGACGAACUAAGCAAACGGUUCAUAACUUCUGUUAAUUUUCGUUAUAAUUUGUAACAAACAAUUGAUUUUACUUUUAUUAGUAUUAUUAUUAUUCAUUCAUUCAUACAUUGAUUUUUUAAUUGUCAUUU